CAGCAACUGCAUCCAUCCAUCGACGCCAUUCCAUGGCGUCCAUAGCGGCGGCGACGGCUCCGGCUUCCCUCGGCGCAUCCGAGCUCCUCGGCACGCGCCUCACCACCGCUGCCACAACUCGCUCGGCCCCUCCACCUUCCGCUGGUUCAUCAAAGAUCGUUGCACUGUGUUGAUGUAAACAACUUUGUGCCGUGUCUCGGUGCCGACACGACUUGGUUCGGAGCUGAAUGACGAGGAUCUUUGCUCGGGGUCUUUUAGGGCUGUCGGAGUGACCGACCGCGCGGACCGGACCAUGCCUGGGAUCGUCAGGAUGCCCUGGGGAAGGCGCCUUCUCCUUGCGUCUCGGGAAAAUCGCCUCGUCUCCUUACCUGCACACAGGUCGGGUCGGAAGCUCAGCCCGAUCCCUCCGACGAUCGAGUUAGAUGAUGUGGAGUGGAGUUUGUUGUCUAUGGGGCAGGCUCGUACUCCUGGUAGCGUCUGACACUGGUGUUGGCGUGGCGGGAAGGACCGAACUGCCGCAGGGCAUGGGCGUGCCUCGGUCGUCGUUCUUCUCUGCCUCGACCAAGUAGGUUGGGUCAGAUGACGACGAAGUGUCGUUAGCACACAUCGCGUCGGUAUUAUUGCACUCUUGAGGCAGAGUGUCAUCCAGGCGUGACUGACGUCGUGGCGUGUCAUGUCGCCAUUUAUUAUCUCAUCAGUCUCCAAGAAGGCUGCGCCGCCUCCUCCCAAGUCGAAGCCAGCUGCUGUUUCCCCAGCCGACGAGGAGCUCGCCAAGUGGUAUGACGAAUCUUCCUGCCGGAAGGUCUCUUGGAUCGCUCGGAGAUUCCAGGGUAUCUCACCGGAGAAGUGCCGGGAGAGUAAGUUUGCUGUGCCAAACAACAAAAAAAGAAUCGUUCUCUGCCUUCCUUGCAGCUAUGGUUACGAUCCUUUUGGGCUGAGCAAGAAACCAGAAGACUUCGCCAAGGACGUGCGUCAUCUAAAUCAGUCAUCUUCUUUCUCCAAGUAGAAAACCUUAAAGAGUAUCAAACAUUGUGCAGAUACCAAGCUUACAAGCUCAUCCGUGCAAGGUGGGCAAUGCUCGGUGCCGCCGGCUUCAUCAUCCCGGAGGCCUUCAACAAGUUCGGUGCAAACUGUGGCCCCGAGGCCGUCUGGUCCAAGACCGGGGCGCUUCUUCUUGACGGGAGCACGCUGAACUACUUCGGGAAGAACAUCCCCAUCAAUCUUGUCGUUGCAGUCAUCGCUGAGAUAGUGCUCGUCGGAGGUGCAGAGUACUACAGAAUCAUCAACGGGCUGGAUUCGGAGGACAAACUCCACCCUGGGGGGCCAUUCGAUCCCUUGGGGCUGGCGAAUGAUCCCCACCAAGCCGCGCUUCUGAAGGUGAAGGAGAUCAAGAACGGGCGGCUGGCCAUGUUUGCCAUGCUCGGCUUCUUCCUGCAGGCCUAUGUCACCGGAGAAGGGCCGGUGGAGAACCUCACAAGACAUCUGAGUGACCCAUUCGGGAACAAUCUGCUCACUGUCAUAUCCGGAGCUGCUGAAAGAGCUCCAACUCUGUGACUCCCCAUAUCUUCUCAUCUUGUUCGCAUCGUAAACUGUCAUUUGAGACUUUGAAGUAAUUCCCAUUUCAAUGCAAACCUCCAUGAUUACAUCUC